AUAAUAUGGUGUGCGUCGACCAGAGGCGCUCCAUUGAGUAGGCGACAGAGGCAGCGCGGCGGCGCGAAGUGUGACGUCACACGCGCCGCGCCUCACGCAUGCGCCCGCCUAUCGAGCGGCAUGUGCCACUCGCAGCCGGCCGACCGCUCCACCCGAACAUUUCACACUUUUUUUAUUUUCCUCCCGAACGUAGCUCUGUUACAUCCAGAAAAGAAAACCUAGUACUAGUUCAAAACGCGCCACGAUUACUUCUAUCUCUCGGGCGUUAGUUACCGCGUUUCCAAAAUGGCUGGACGGGACUGUCUUUCCAGCCGUGCGCGAACCCGCCUCUGACUCGGUUCUACGGACGUUAUGUGCCUCGUUAUGUAAAUGUUACGCAAGUUUGGGACGUUAAGGUGCAUCUUACAGCCCACAAUACGGUGCAGUGAACCGCGGUGCCCAUGUAACGAGCUGGAUCUGACAUUACCAUUAUGAGUGUGUACGGAAUAUCGGGUGGCGGCGAGUCCGAUGUGAUAGCGCGUAGGCUGCGCGAAGCGGAGAGAGCGCGGGCGGACGCGGAGCGAGCACACGCAGAUGCGCUUGCGCAGCUACGCAGUGCGCAGCGAUCGCCGCUCGAUUCGCACAAUGUGGAACAGCUACAGUCUAAAGUACGAGAGUUGGAAAAGAAGGCUGCAUUGGAAACGGUUCGAUGUGAGGAACUACAACUAGAGUUAUCAUCAUCAAUGCGCGCAAGAGGUGCUACGACCACUGCGACGUGGUCUACUUCCACACAGCCCGCCACUGAAAUUGAACGCAUUAUGGCGAAAAUCGAACAAGAUAAUAGAAUUCUUGCAGAAUUGGAACACACAAGAUCUACUACUCAUGGUAUUCAACAAAGUGGUUCCAAUCAAGCGCUUGGGGAAUUUCAUUCUGCCACCGCACAGUUUACUGCUCCUAGUUCUAACUCCGUUGCGUAUUCCAUGAGUGCGCACAAUCCUUCCUCAUAUACUAAUCCUGUACCAGCUUCCUUUGGGCUUUCUAAUACUCAUCAAGUCACGUUCACAAAUCCAGUAACGGCACCCCUUGUUAAUAAUAUUAACCAAAUCUCUAGCACUCUAGCAGGACUGCAAUCAAACCUUCAAAAUUUAUCUGGCAAUGUAUCUGGAAUGACUUUGGGUAGUUCGUUAGGUGGAACUGCGAUAACGGGAACAAUGGCAGGAGGAGGUCUGCCCAGUUGUUUGAAUAAUGUACCGACAAGCUUAUCAAGUGGACUAACAAGUACUCUUGCGGGCAUACAAUCAAGUCUAACUGGUGCACUUGGUAAUACAUUGAGUAAUCUUACUGGUGGCACUCAAAUUGGGGGACUGAAUACAAAUCUUACGAGCACAAGUGUAUAUGGAACUGGAACGGGUACUUAUACAAAUCCUCUUCUAACUAGUGGCUUAGGAACCAAUACAAUGAAUAUUAAACUUAAACCCAUGGAUGAAAUUGACCUGGGAUUAGGUAGAUAUGGAACUAAUAAUCCAGCUAUGAUAAGGGCAGUCACUCCGGUAACUCCUCAUCAACCAAGCUGGAGUUUAGGAUUAGAUAGCCAAUUUCCAGAUAGAUUAGGAGGUUUAGAAUCGAGUCUAUAUCAUGACAGAGGUCCGAGAAAUAUGAGACUUUUACCAAAUAAUAUGUUAGAUAUGGAUGUUCGUAAUACACAUUAUAUGAAUGGUGGUGGACCCACAGAAGCUCAAGUUGAUAUGUUGGAUAUCCCAGGCAAGGGCCGUUGCUGUGUUUACAUCGCUAGAUUCUCUUAUGAUCCUCCUGAUAUCGAAAGUGCGGAAGGGGAACUGUCGAUUUGUUCUGGAGAUUAUCUAUUGGUUUGGGGUCCACCGGAUCCAAAUGCGACUAUGCUCGACGCUGAAUUAUUAGACGGUCGCCGGGGACUAGUACCUUCAAAUUUUGUUCAAAGACUGGUUGGAGACGAUCUUUUAGAAUUUCAUCAGGCUGUCGUGGCGACGUUACGAGAUGCAGAUGAAACUGCUACGACUGCUGUGAGUGAUCUCUCUCUUAGUCGUGACGUGGCUCGCCUAAGUGAAGUUGCAGAUGUUACUGACGGAUCUGAAGAUGACGACAAUGUUCCUGCCCCGCGCCAGCUUACUCUCGAGAGGCAGUUGAACAAGUCCGUGCUGAUUGGUUGGACGGCGCCAGAGGGAGUGCAACAGGCGAACAUAGAAAGCUACCACGUCUACGUCGAUGGCGUCUUGAAGACAACAGUCAAAGCUACAGAGCGUACGCGGGCCUUAGUAGAAGGAGUAGAUUCUAAUCGGCCGCAUCGAAUUAGCGUUCGAUCUGUGACGGUGACAAGGCGCACAUCACGAGAUGCAGCUUGCACUAUGGUCAUUGGGCGCGACACAGCUAACAUGGGUCCGACGUGUGUCCGGGCCAGUGGUGUUACCUGCUCGCAGGCUGUGAUUUCAUGGCUCCCAGCAAAUUCCAAUCACCAACAUGUAGUUUGUGUAAACAAUGUUGAAGUUCGAACUGUGAAGCCAGGUGUAUACCGUCAUACCAUCACCGGCCUAUCACCAAGCACCCAAUAUCGAGUAACAGUAAGAGCUAAGCAUUUGAGAGCCGGGCCUCCAUCAGGAAUACCCAUUGAAGAAGCGCCAGGGGCAUAUACAGACUUUAGAACUCUGCCAAAAGGUCUUCCAGAUCCUCCAAACGAAAUAAUGGUGGAAGCUGGGCCCCAAGACGGUACACUGCUUGUGACGUGGCAGCCAGUGCUUCGCCCACCCGCUUCAGGGCCUGUCACUGGAUAUGCUGUUUAUGCGGACGGGAAGAAGGUGACCGACGUAGACUCGCCGACCGGCGAUCACGCUCUCAUCGAUAUUGGCAAACUGCUCGGCCUCAAUCCUAAAUGCGUCACCGUUCGUACUAAAUCUCGUGACAGCCAGUCAAGCGAUAGCCAACCAACGCCUAUUCCUCCGGCAGUUCUUCGAGGUGUCGUGUCCAGAGUUCCGAGAGGUCCCCCAGGUCAAGUUCCUAACCAACCAGCUCAAGGUUAUCGAAUGCAGCGCCCUCAGGCUUAUCAGCAGCAACAACAAGUGAUAGAACAUGACGAAAACCUUUCUGACAAAGAAAUAUUCCCAACGGCUAAUAGGCACGAUCAACAAACAGCUCAGCCCACGAGCGGAUUCGGCACAGGCCUUCUAAAGAGUAUAUUCGACAAAAUAACCCCUUCGCAAUCGGGGAUACCAGCCAUCGAAAUCACUAAAGAAGGUGCUGUGGAGCAGGUCAGCGAAGACGACGAAACCUCGCGGCGCCGUCAGCAGCAGCAGCCGUCCCAACCUGCACAAGCGUCGCAGCAGCCUUCGGGUCAGCCGUACCCGAAUACACAAGCCUUCCAUGGCACGCAGCAACCCCCCUUUCAACAGGGCGCCCAGUUCCCAAGUAACCAAUCUAACACCUACCCCGGGCAGCCACAGCAGUAUCAAAACCAACCUCCGAGGAAUCAUCAUGAGAGAGGACGCCCUCCUAAUCCACAUCAGUUACAGCAACAAGUACAACAAGGUGCUAUGCCGCAAUAUGGUUCUAGAGGAGUACCUCCAGCUGGGCCGCGAGGUCCACCGCCGGGAGGUCGCCCUCCGCCUCAGGGCCAUCCACAAUCCAAAAGAAGCCGCUAUUUCAUCGCACUGUUUGAUUACGAUCCAGCAACAAUGAGUCCCAACCCAGAGAGUUGUGAUGAAGAACUGCCAUUUAGUGAAGGAGACACAAUAAAAGUGUGGGGUGAUAAGGACGCCGACGGUUUUUAUUGGGGCGAGUGUAGAGGUCGUAGAGGUUAUGUCCCUCACAACAUGGUUGUUGAAGUGUCCGAGCAAGAAGCAACCGGGCAAGUGUCGGCGAAACCGAGAGAUCGGUGGACUGAUGCAUACGCAAACCAGCCGGUGAGACGCAUGAUUGCACUAUAUGACUACGACCCACAGGAACUCAGUCCUAAUGUUGACGCUGAUGCAGAGCUAAGUUUUCAAACUGGUCAGAUUAUACAUGUUUACGGUGAUAUGGACGAUGAUGGUUUUUACAUGGCAGAAAUUGACGGUGUUAGGGGUCUGGUGCCAAGUAAUUUCCUCACAGAAGCCAAUGAUCAGUAUGCGCCAGCGGGACCAAGUAAUCAAGGGCCGCCGGGUGGUCGAGGGAUGGGCCCCAGCACCAGUGCCCCUGGGGUGGGCCCGGGCCGAGGCCGAGGCGUCCCCUCGGGUCCUGGGGCGCGUGGCCCUCCCCCACCCCCCAGAGACAAUGUUGUACCCGCACAAAGAAAUCAACAUCGGAAAACAGAUGCCUGCCCUCUUCCCCCUUCUCAGUUAGACCACAACACAAGCGCCAGUAAUCAAGAACAGGCGAACGCUCAGCAGGCGAGGGGGAAAGGCGUGAACGCACAGCCACCAGCGACCACGACCGCCCGCACGACCGCUGGUAACGUGGGCACGCCCACUCAGUCGCCCGGCUCGGCGGCCACGCUCGCCAUGCCGCCCGUGGGCACCACGACCGCGGUCAGCACGUCCCCAGCGCGCCGCGGUGGCCCCACCGUCGUGCCCGCACCCACCGCUCAACCACUUCAGCAGCAACAGCAGCAGCAGCAGCAACAGCAGCAACAGCAACAACCACCCACAUCACAACCGAACCUCAUGCAAAAGUUCUCCGAAAUGACCGCCCCCGGCGGUGAUAUUCUUAGCAAGGGUAAGGAACUCAUCUUUAUGAAAUUCGGUCUCGGCGGCAAAUAAUGUCGGCGGUACGGCCUAUAGGGCCCUAAAUUUACCAUUUCACUCGCAUCGCUCUCUGCGAUCAUUUCUGAUCCUCAUAGCUGAUAAAAUCCUCAGAAAAGGAAGGAUCUACUGCUGUGUUUGUCCGGAAAAUGACUCGGCUCUAUGCGUCGAACUUCUUAUUGUAAUCCAUUUAUAUCCGUUACAUAAAUGUAUUGUAAUAAAUGAUGUAUAUAAUUAAUAAUGAAUUCAAUAAACGCACAGUUUAGUGAAUAUUCAAAUGUUAGUGCAGUCUCGAUAUAACGCACGGUUGGAGUUAAAACCCUGAAUUAGUCGUAUCGUAAUGUUUUCUAUCUCUUGAACCUCUGCCCGUCUGUUAGAUUAGACUUUAAGUAUUUUGAUUGUUUAAAAAAGCCGUUCUGUAUAGUUAUAACGCUUACACUUAAACAUUUUGUAUUAAUAAUGUAGUCUGGUGAAAAACGAGUUAUAAGUACUGUUUUGAAUAUUGUAUAGGGCGGCUUUUUUCUUUGUAUAGUUUAUUCCGUUUUGUAUUUAGACCUGAAAAAUCUGUUUAAGAAAAUCUUUUCUAAGUGUUUCGUGACUUUUCAUUAACGUUCGUGGCUUAGAGGCCACGUGUCCACUUUACGUUUUCUAUCGCUAGGUGUGUAUUUCCUUAUUAAGUAUAGAAAUUAGAUGUUUCAAAACUAUAACUUUGUUCAAUAAAAU